GAGCCGCCGCAGGGCGCUGGCCCGGCACGGCCCCGGCUGGUCCCUCGCCUCGGCGGAUACAGGACAAGCCCCUGCGCCCCGGCUCCUGCGCAUGGACCGGGCCCGGGGGCGGCGGCGGGCUCGGAGCUCGCUGCGCCCGCGCCCGGUAGGCGGCACUGCUCGGAGCUCGCCGCCCCUGGCGCGCCGGCCGCCCGCGCUCUUCGCAGGACCAACGAGGCGGCGGCGGCUCCCUCCCAGGCUGCACUCGGGCCGCUCCCUCCCCAGCAUGGCCGCGGGACCCGGCCCACGCCCCUAGCGAGCCCCGGCCCGGCCGCUUCCCCCAGAGCCACCCAGCGCGGGGCCAUGGCCGAGUGGGCCCCCGCCCAGCUACAUGUUGAUUUGGUAGACUGAAGUUUGGAUUUCACACAGCAUGCCCGGGAAGCUCAAAAUACAUCCUCCAGAGUGGGUUACAUUGUGUCUGUCAACAAGGAAUUUCGUCUGCCCUUGUGCCGCCCAUCCGCCAAGGCUGGAAACGUCCCUCUUGAGUCUUCUUUAGUCCUGACUAACUUGAAUUACUUUUGCCAUCGUCAGACCUUUGCCCCCUUUUCCCAGUUAGUAAAUAUCUUAGUCACUGAUCCUAGUGCAGAUCCGUGGGGCACCUCCCUCUUCACCAUUUGCCAUGAUGGAAAAUUGGCCGUUCAUUCCUGCUGGCCCUGAAAGGUCUGCCCAAAGCCAGAUUCAGGAAUGGAACGUCGAGGCGCAACAUCUGCUGCCUUUGCAGCCGCCCCUUGUCCCCGAGCGCGCUCACAUGAGAGAAGCACAGCUGCACACGGCAGAGGCCUCUCUCUGGACUGUGGUGGCCACAGUGCAGGCCAUGGAGCGGAAGAUCGAUCUGCUGGCCACGCGCCUGCUGAGCCUGGAGGGGAGAUCUGGGACGGCCGAGAAGAAAUUAAUAGACUGUGAAAAAACAGCAAUGGAGUUCAAUAACCAGCUGGAGAGUAAGUGGGCCGUGCUGGGAACUCUGAUCCAGGAGUAUGGGCUGCUGCAGAGGAGGCUGGAGAAUGUGGAGAACCUGCUGAAGAACAGGAACUUCUGGGUCCUGAGACUCCCCCCAGGCACUAAAGGGGAGGUCCCCAAGAUGCCGGUGACGUUUGUCGACGUGGCUGUCUAUUUCUCUGCGGAGGAGUGGAAGAAUUUGGAAGACUGGCAGAAGGAGCUGUACAAUAACCUGGUGAAGGAGAACUAUGAAUCUUUGAGCUCGCUGGACCGUACCCGUUCCAAAGUGGACCCCGAGCCCCGGAUUGAACGAGGGGAAGAGCCACGUGUCCAAGAUCAGCAGAACUUAAAGGAGAGAGAAAUCCCUCCAGAGCCCUGCACAGAAUCCCUGAUGUCAACGCCCGACAUUCUGUCCCGGAUCAAACAAGAGGAGGGGCCUUUUGCUGGGGAGCAGCAGUUCUCAGAGGAGAGAGGAAUCCCCGCGGACCCCUGCGCAGGUGCAGACGCUCUCAUUUCUGCCCAGGACUUUUUAUCCUGGAUUAAGCAAGAGGAAGAGCCCUGUGUCCGGGAUUCGUGGGAGCUGGCCGAAAGAGAAAUCCUCACUGGCCCUGGCCCAGAUGGUGCUAUUUCCAAACGUUACCUCCUGUCCUGGACGGAAGAGCCAUGUGUCAGGGACCGGGGGGACAUAGCAGAGAGAGAGAUCCCCACGGGACUCGGGACAGAAUCUCUCAUUUCCCCCGCGGGAGCUGUGGCCCGGACAGAAGAAGGGGAAGAGGCCUGUGUUGGGAGCCGGCAGGACUCCGGGGAAAGAGAAACAUCGAUGGCUUUGAGCACCAGUGGGACCGUGACCAAAACGGAGGCGCAGUGUCUUGAGGAGCAUCCCCCCCACCGCGAGCAGCACCAGCUGAUGUCGGAAAGGCGGGUUUUCUGGAGUCCUGAGCAGAGAGAUCCCUGGGAUGCCCACGUGGUGGAGGAUCAGUGCGGAGCUGCGCUCAGUAAAUCCUCUGAGCAGCCAGUCCUGCUCCCAGCGUCAGAAUCUCCGUUGCCCUCCGCGGGGGCAGGAUCGGGCCCUGGGUGGGGCAGAGUUCCCUGCGAGAGCCGAGAUGCGGCUGCCCCUUACGUCGGGCGGGCAGGAGAGAGGCCCUUUGUCUCGAGUGCCGUGAAAUCCCAGGCCUGCUCCCCGGCAGAUGAGCCGGUCCAGUGCGAAAGGAGCUUCCCCCAGCCCACGCGCAGCGGGCAGAGGCCCUAUGCCCGCAGCGAGGGCGGCCAGAACGUCAAGCAGCGGCAGAACCUGGUUAUCCACCUGAGAACCCACGGCAAGGCCAAGCCCCACCAGUGCGGCCAGUGCGGGCAGAGCUUCCUCCACCGCUCCCGGCUCACCUACCACGCCCGCAUCCACACCGGCGAGCGGCCCUACCCCUGCGCCCAGUGCGGCAAGAGCUACAGCCGCAAGGAGCACCUCCAGAACCACCAGCGGCUGCACACCGGCGAGCGGCCCUUCCAGUGCACCGAGUGCGGGAAGAGCUACGGCCGCAAGGAGCACCUGCAGUACCACCAGCGGCUGCACACUGGGGAGCGGCCCUUCCGGUGCGCCGCCUGCGGGAAGAGCUUCAUCCGCAAACAGAACCUGCUCAAGCACCAGCGUGUCCACACCGGGGAGCGGCCCUACCGGUGCGGGGAGUGCGGGAGGAGCUUCCGCUACAAGGAGUCCCUCAAAGACCACCAGCGGGUUCACGGCGCGGAGCCAGGGCCGGCCCCCAGCCUGCGCCCAGGUGCCUCUGUGCGAGAGAGGAGCUGAGGGGAGGUCUGGGAGCUGAUGGUGAUACUCAGCCCUUGUGCAGUGUUUCCCCUGGGCUGGGCCCAGAGGAGCCUGGCUCUCCCCAAGCGGGGGCAGGAAAAGUGAAAGGACUUGGUCACGCAGAAUCGAACUUGGGUCUCCUGGACCCCAGCCCUGUGCUCUAACCACUAGACCACAUUGGUUUACUCUAGCAGGAAACUUCUUGUGGCUAAAACCCUCUGUGAAACUGAGCUGAGCACAUUUCUCCGCACUCUUCUGCCCCCUCUGCUCAUGUAGACCUGGUCUCUGCCACCCGGAGCAGUGUCGCAGCUACGGGCAUCACAGCCUUCUCCUCUGCAGCUCCUGCUGCCCUGAACCUCUCCAGCUGCUUUCAGAUCUCCUGGGGAUGUAGGGAGCCAUCCUUGCCCUCAUCCCUCUCCCUGUUUCUCUUGCACAAUGGAGAAUAAAGUUUGGCUGAAUUCUGCUGGACUAGGCCUUUUUUUCUCCCCAAGCCAAAGGCAAUUCGGGCAGCUCUCUCCUGUUCUCACAGCAGGGCUGUCGGCACUGGGGAGCCAGCACCGGCGUGAAGAAAGAACCGGGCAGUGGCGUCGGGGGAAGUGGAGCUGCAUGGAUGACGCAGCCGGCUGAAUUUGCAGCUAACGUGUUUCUCUGGCCUUUGGGUGCCUGGGAGCGCCCUGCAUGCCGAUGCAAAGGUUGCCGUGCUCAGGAGAACUGCAGCCCCCUCCUGCAGGGACGCUGCCCUGGUGCAGUGCUGGGCAGAUGAGAGGUUCACCAAAUAAACCAAAACAAAGAACCACCACAGGGAAUGUGCUGAACAAUUAGACCUACUCAAAAUGGCCUCAGAGAGAACCAGUGAAACCAUUAUGGGAAGCUCUGAGAGGGGGAAAGCCUGCAAGAGUUAGAAGAAAUCCAAAAAGUCGUCAGAGAAACCCGGCAAGAGAAAUGGACCCGAAGGCUGCAGAAUGUGAAAGGGGAAGCCACGCAACGGUGAAUCCUUAUAAAUGUGGGGAAUGUGGCAAAAGGUUCAGACUGAAACCACUUCUUCAAAUUCACCAACUAAUCCAUGCCAGAGACAGGCCCAUUCCUCAUACGGCGAGUGGGAAAGGGUUCUGUAGGAAACCAAGUCUUGACGAACCCCGGGGAAUGAAUACAGGAGACCGUCUGUAAAUGUACCGAGUGUGGGAAAUGCGGCAAGCACUGAGCAAUGCUGGAAGUCAGGCCCUAGGCAGUUAGUGUUAGGCAAGCAAAAACUGUGGCCUAUAAUUAUUAAUGCUCCAAAUACAAAGCACUUCAUAGGGCCUAGAUCCCAGCAGGUCUGUUGUACUAGAAAUACAUGGCUAGCGGGCUGGCUGCCUUCAAAGUGAGUUGUGGUGCUCAAAACCCCUGACAAUUUGGCUCAGUGUUUGAACUUCCCCAACUCCCAUGUAUUACAUACGGAACGUGGAAAAUAUAUUCCAGCGGGUGAUGGGUUCGCUAACAGAAAACAGAUAAGGAAGCCUCAUGAGGCAGAGGGGAAUCAGUUCUGACCAACCAGUCUGCUUUCAAGCUAUGGCCAGAGGCUUUAGUAUAACCAUUUACCACAGAGUAUUUCUCCCAGACACUCAACCCAGGAAUUGCCAUACCUGUUCAGACCAAUGGUCCAUCCACUUGUGUAUCCUCUCUGCUACAACGGCCAGUGCCAGAUACUUUGGAGAAGAGUGAGAGAAACCCUGUAAUGGACAAGUAUGUAAAAAUGUGCCCAUACUAUGGAGGAAAAUUUGUCCUAAACCCGUAAUAGUUGGGUUAUGCCCUGAAGCACAAUCUUUUAUCACCCUCAUAAAAAAAUCUGCCUUUAGAUAGCUGUGGAUGUUUGCUAAUAUACAGCCCUGUUUUGAUUCUUAGCCUCUGUGAUAUCUUGGGCCAGUGAGUUCCACAGAUUAAUUACACGUUGUGCUUUUAAAACAAACAGUUUCCUUUAUUCAUUCAUAUUUCUGUAAAUAACUCAUCUGUAAAUAAAACACAAGCACACUGCA